CUUUUAUGGUCCUAUCUGUCACCAGUAAACGUUAUUUAUAUGGGUACAGCUGAGCCCUCACCAUGAGCUACCUAGUUGAGUUUCCCAACGUUAGAAAAUGAAGAUUUUCGCAGCUCAGGUCGAGGAUGGAAAGGAAGGAAAAGAUGGGAUUCCUUCGGUUGGUCCUGUUUAUCGCAGUUUACUAUCCAAAAAUGAUUUUCCUCCACCAGAUUCUGAUAUGAACUCAGCAUGGGAUCUUUUCAGCUUAUCUGUAAACAAGUAUCCUGGAAACAAAAUGCUUGGUUGGCGCAAAUUUGUAGAUGGGAAGGCGGGGCCUUAUGUGUGGAAAACUUACAAGGAAGUGUAUGAAGAAGUCUUGCAAAUUGGUUCAGCUUUGCGAGCAUCUGGUGCUGAACCUGGCUGCCGAGUUGGAAUUUAUGGAUCAAACUGUCCUCAGUGGAUUGUGGCCAUGGAGGCUUGUAGCGCCCAUAGCUUGGUUUGCGUGCCUCUUUAUGAUACACUUGGGCCUGGUGCUGUUAACUUUAUUAUAGAACAUGCAGAGAUUGAUUUCAUUUUUAUUCAAGAUAAAAAAGUGAAAGAACUCUUGAAUCCAGAUUGCAGAACUGCUUCAAAGCUUAAAGCGAUUGUUUGCUUCACUACAUUUACAGAGGAACAAAAAGACAAGGCUGUCCAAAUGCAGAUAAAACCAUACUCUUGGGAAGAGUUUCAAAACUUGGGGAAAGAGAAUCCGUCAGAAAUAUUGCCGCCUCAGCCUUACAACAUUUGCACAAUAAUGUAUACAAGUGGCACAAGUGGAGAUCCCAAAGGUGUUGUGCUGACACAUGAAACAGUAACCCUGUUUGUAAGAGGCGUGGAUCUAUUUAUGGAACAAUUUGAAGAUAAGAUGACAACCGAAGAUGUGUAUCUAUCUUUCCUGCCCCUUGCUCAUAUACUUGACCGUGUGAUCGAGGAAUACUUCUUCAGGAAAGGAGCUUCUGUUGGAUACUAUCAUGGGGAUUUGAAUGCACUGAGGGAUGAUUUGAUGGAGUUGAAGCCAACACUUUUAGCUGGCGUACCUCGGGUCUUCGAGAAAAUACAUGAAGGUAUAAAAAAGGCAAUACAAGAACUGAAUCCCGUCAGGCGAAAAGUCUUUCAAGCUCUGUAUAAACACAAACUUGCUUGGAUGAAUCAAGGUUAUAAACAGAAGUAUGCUUCAAUGUUGGCAGAUUUUCUAGCCUUCAGGAAGGUGAAAGCUAAGUUAGGGGGUCGUCUUCGAUUGAUUAUAUCCGGAGGUGCACCCUUAAGUGUUGAAGUGGAAGAAUUCUUAAGGGUUACUACUUGUGCUUUCGUGCUUCAAGGCUAUGGGCUGACGGAGACCUGUGGACCGGUCACUAUUGGAUUUCCGGAUGAAAUGUGUAUGAUGGGUACUGUUGGGUCUCCAGUUACAUACAGUGAGUUGCGCCUGGAGGAGGUUCCAGAGAUGGGCUACAAUCCACUCGGCAGUCCUCCUCGUGGCGAGAUUUGUGUGAGAGGGAAGACUCUGUUUGCUGGGUACUACAAAAAUCCUGAAUUGACAAGAGAAUCCAUGAAAGAUGGAUGGUUUCAUACAGGGGACAUAGGAGAGAUUCUUCCGAAUGGUGUUUUGAAGAUUAUUGAUAGGAGGAAAAAUCUUAUAAAGCUAUCCCAAGGAGAAUACGUUGCAGUUGAGUACUUGGAAAAUGUUUAUGGGAUCACUCCAGUUGUCGAAGAUAUAUGGGUGUACGGAGACAGCUUCAAGUCGAUGCUAAUUGCAGUAGUUGUAAUCCAUGAAGAGAACACUGAGCAGUGGGCAGAUUUGAAAGGUCACAAAGGUUCACUUCCUGAACUCUGUUCCCUUGUUCAGCUGCAGGAAUAUGUUCUAGCAGAACUAAAAUCUACAGCUGAGAGAAACAAGCUGAGAGGUUUUGAAUAUAUUAAAGGAGUGAUUUUGGAUUCUCGCCCCUUUGACAUGGAAAGAGAUUUAGUGACUGCAACAUUGAAGAAGAAAAGAAAUAAAUUGUUCCACCAUUAUAAGGUGGAAAUUGAUGAACUUUACAGAAAAUUGGCUGUAAGAAGAGCAUAAUCAUUUUCCUUUUUGUUACUGUUCCUGUUUGAUUAGUGAGCGAAUGUUUCGCUAU